GCCGUUCCCCUUGCGCAAGAGGGGCAAGGACAGGAUGGGCCAGCGCAGGAAGCAAGCGGAGAAGGUCGAGUACGCGCGCCACGGGAAGAAGACCGUGAAAUCCCGCAAGGAGCGCGAAACCUGGCGCCGCAACUACGACAGCUUCCACGGGAAAACUGCGGACCAGAUGGUAGACCUGCUCCUCGAGGAUGGCGUCCUGCUUGACUGGGAAGGCCGCACCUGCCCUCACUGCGGCGUCGGAACCUGCGGCGCGCGGGUGCAUGAUGACAAUCGCGGCCCGCAUUGGCGAUGCAACAGCGGUAGGCUGUGCGGCAAGACCGUCAACCCGUGCACCGCCCACCCCGUCUUCAAGUCUGGCGGGGGUUGCCAAUCGUCGAGUUUGUCGACGAAGGCCAAGGUCCUCUUCUGCCUCACGCUCGGCAUGACCACCGCCCAGAUACACUUGCUGACAGGUGCCAACCACAAGAUGAUCGAGGACAUGAGCGCGGCCGCGGCAGCCGUGCGGCAGAUCUACGUGGAAAAGAACGAACCCAACAUUGUAUUCGGCGACGAAGCUCAGCGGCGCUGGUUCGACGUGGAGGCGGAUGAGUCGGUCUUCCGCGCCCAGCUGUCCGACGACGGUCGUUCCAAGACGCGGGAACAGUGGGCGGGCGUCGUCGAGCGCGGGCGCCCUGAUAGCCUCGUUCUGUGGAAGACCCAGUCAGACGGCACCGGGGCCAACGCGCCAGGCCCAGGCGCCAUCAAGAAGACGGAUUGGGCGCCGCUCCUAAAAAGCCGUUUAAAGAAAAGGAAGGUCAUCUUGCACUCUGACGGGGCCCGCAGCUACAAGAUGCGCGCGUCGGGGCUCGCGCGCGACCACGUCGUGCACUGCAAGAAGCGGGAGAAGAUCGGCAGGAAGUGGGUUUGGUUGAAGCCAGUCUACUCGAUGGCUGUCACCCACAAGUUGCCCGACGGCUCCAAGAUCAGGGUAAAGGCAGGGACGCAGAUCAUCGACCGCGCCUGGAGGUCCAUCAAAACCUUCAUUGGCACGCGCACGGACCUCCCAGGCAGCAGGCGCCUCGCGGCUUCGGUUCGCUCGGCCCAGUUCGAGUACUGGAACAAGGGCAAGGAUAUGUGGGCGGCCACCGCGGAUGCCAUCUGGGAGGUCAUGGACGCGGUGCAGUCGCUGGGGCAGGUUGCGUACGACGCCGAGGGAGACGGCAAGCUCACCUUUGAGGAGGCGUCGUUGAUGGUCAGCGGUAGCAGGUUAGACUACCACCCCUCGAAGUGCGUCAAGAAAGACAGGUUGGCUUUCGCUGGUGACCUUUCUAUCUUCGGCCUUCCUCUGCUACCGAUCGCGAAUUCGAGUACCGCGAAGUUGGUCGCUUUCGCCGACAUGGUAUCCAACUACGAGGGCCCGAUUGACUUCGACAAGGUGCACGAGUUGUGCGCACAGGGUAGGUUCAAGGACUUGCAGGAGCCGCUGCCGCUCAAGCAGGAGCCCGUCGUCCCGCACACGAUGCAGAUCUUCAUCGUUCGCCAGAAGCCAGAGGCCCACAACAUCGACUACGGCAAAAACUUUCGGGCGGGGUCGAUUGCGUUCCAGUUCGUGCUGGAGAAGCUCGAGGGCUAUCAAAUACGGUACUUCACGAUCAAGCCGCAGCACGAGCGGAAGCAGCCGCUAGAGGAGGACAAGCGCGCGCAGGGUUACACGUUCAUCCGUGAACACGGCCCCCGCAGCAAUAACAGAAACCAGUUCAUGGAAUGGGCUGACACAGAGGUCAACAGGGAGGGUUCGAAGAUAUUCGGGUGGCCUGCGUCCAAGGUGGAGACUGCGCUGCGGAAUUACCAGAAGGGCAGGACGAAUGCCAAACCGAUCUCGCGCUGGAGUUUGACGCUGAAGGACUUCUCUGGCUGGUUCCUCAAUGGCGCCCUCCGCCUGAUGAUUGGCACGCUCCACAUGCACGGGGUGCUGUGGGUCGGGAAGUCCAGAGUUGGCAAGAGCAACGGUUCGAAGACGCUUGAUUGGGUUCAUUCGGCGUGCAGCAUACAGAAGAAGGGCGCCGCCGAUGAGAUCGCUUCCCUGACGGUGAAGCAUAUGGAUUUCUUCAAGGGCGAGCCGACGACGGAGAUCCUCCCUGGCAUUUUCGACGACGGCCUGCUUCAGAAGGUAUCCGCUGAUGUGCUCAAGGCUUUCUUGAACCCCAAGGGUAAGGACGCUCUGCUGUGGGCUCGGUGGGGCGGCUGCGCUUUCGAGCAAGGGUCGCGCAGACAGGCAGUCGCGAACCCCUACGACCGCGACGCGGAGAAGGCGGCGCUGGAUGCCGCGACGCAAAACAAGUACGACCUCGACCUGCUCCAGCGUAUCAUCGCGCCGUCUCUGGAGGAUGUCAGGACAGAGGAGGACUUCAACGCCGUCCUCGCCAGGGCGCACGUCAUCGCGGUGACGGACCUCGGCGUGCAUUGGCGCGUGGCAUCCGCCAACCUGCAGGAUGGCGCAGAGUUCACGCCGUGGCCCAACCCCAGGAGCCCCGACCUCUUCGUCAGCGAAGUGCGGGACACGACGUCGCCAGCCAUCCGCCCGCCCCCCUCAGACUACGCCGAAAAGAUGGCUUGGUCGAUUGGGUACAUGAGCAAUGUGGUCGCGGGCCUUGACGCGCCCACUAUUGCGACUGUCCAUGUUGCUCCUAUCUUCGGCGAUGGCCCUGCGCGCGUUGUCUCCGCUGUCGGCAACGUUUCAGGGUUCGUUCCAGGCGCGGCCAGCGCUCCGCCAGCCGCCGCGGCCGCUUCGGCGUUUUCCCAGCCGCCAGCCGAGUUGUCCCAGGAGGAGGACGCGUUCGGCUUCGGCGGCGGAAUGGACGAACCGCCAGAAGACAGCUCGCGCGCCGCCAGCUCCGCGCAGCCCAACAUCGCUGGGCGUGGCGGCGAGCUCACCAAGGAGGACCAGGACGAGCAGCUCGCGAUUUUCAAGAGCCUCGGCAAGGCGCACCACGGUGCGUUCGAGGACUUGUCCUCGCCCCCGCCAGCGAAGAGGGCGAGGGGGCUCAUGAUGGGCUGCGGUGGUCCGUUGUCACCCGUGGAUGCCGAUGAGCAGGGCGAUCUUCGCUUCCAUUGCCGCCUCGGCCCACGGUGA